CACAGAAAAGUUAAAGGCCACCAACCGUCACACAAAGUAGUUUGUCAGUACAUCGCCACGUAGCACACUGCUACUCGAUCCUCAGAUGUUUGGAAUAUUUAGCUGUUUUACAAGGAAUAAGAUUCCCGACGGAAGAAUAUAGCAAAUGGAGCCAAAGUUUACCCUGGAGCAGUUUAACCUGCUGACACGUCUGGUGUCCAUUUGUGAGAGACUUCAGCAGGCCGGCCUGCCGCGGGACAACAUGUUCAAAACCAUCCGCAUGAUGCAGCAGAGCUGUCAUUUAGGGAAGAAGUUACCUAUGUGCGUCACUGAACCACCGAUAUUCACACGUGAGCAGCUCAUCCUGCUGACGCGUCAGUUGUCGGUUUAUCAGAGUCUGCAGCAGACUGGUCUGUCAGAGGACAGCAUCUCCCACAUCAUGCCCUACAUGCAGCAACAUAUAACAACAAACAUCGAUAUCGACGAACUCCAUCAAAAUGGGAAAGAGUCAAAAGAGGAAAAAGCCGAGAAGGUAGAUGGUGAGGUCAUCCCCUGCGUAAAGACAUCUCUGGAGCAAAUCCCAGAUGAGAAGUUAAUGACAGAUGUGGACGAGUUAAUGCGGAAAAUUGGUACAGAUAUGACGGACUUAAAUUCCGAAAUCAAGACUUUUCUCCGUAUUCAUCACAUUAGUCAAGACACCGUGUCAAAACAAAUCGGCACCAGCCAGAGUGUGGUGUCAGCGUUUCUUUUACAUGGUCGAGGGCUGAAACCGGUCAAUAAAAGAGCUCUCUAUACUUGGUACCUGAGGCAGAAGAGGAAUAUGUCAGGGAUAUCAGAUACCAAUUGCAGUCAGCAAAGUACCACGAAGAGGACAUUCGAUUUGACAAAUGAUAGCACUGCUCAUGGCCUUGACCACAAGCAGCGCAGGUUUAUGGUGAAGUGGCCAUCAGCAGCUACAGUGAUACUGGAGAGGUUCUUCCAAAUGGAUAAAAACCCCACCGAGAACCAGAGAGAGGAGAUUGCACGUGUCUGUAAUGACGAGUUACAAAAAACAGGUGAAGAGUACCCUCAUGGCCAGCUGAUGACAUCAGCGCAAGUCCAGACAUGGUUCAUGGAUAGGUGGUUUCAGGAUAUAACAAAGCACCAACGAAGUUAGCUUUGCGGAAAUAGGUUUCUUAAAGAUAU